AUGCUGCGACAGGUGCUGUUACUCACAAUUGUUCUCCAGAUAACACAAAAUGUGGUGCAAUCAGCAAAUGAACAACAAAUCCGGCUCUCGGACUCCUACCUUCCAGUCGCCAUGCAAGUCAUACAGCAUCUAACGGACCAAAUGGCUUAUGAGGUCAAGGACGAUCCCCCACCAAGAACGAGCACUACUGCAAAACCCUUGUAUGUGUCUUCUAAUUACUUUGCCAGCUUGCCUUCGUCUGAUGGAUGGUGGAUGAGAUAUGGUAUAUCGAGAGAUAUAACCACAGCAUUUCAUAAACCGGGUUUCUACGCACCAUCAACGCCCCCCAAACCUUCAGACAGAGUAAAUCCAAAAUCAGCAAACUAUGUUCUGUUACCUGUUGAGCUUAAUUCAGAGCAUACCGUCAUUGAACCCCAAGAAGCAAGAACAGAAGAACCUCUAUUAGCUGCUCAUAAUGAAGAAGUCAAACCCUUACUGGAACCUAUACCUGAUGUUCCACAUCAGUUAUUACCUUAUGACAAGGACCUGAAAGUGUCAAGUCGGUCAGAUAACUACGAUGAUGAAAUCAAUGAAGAAUCAUUGCAAUAUUUGUCUCCGAAUGUGAGAGAUUUGAUCAAAAUGGCUUACGACCCUAACGAAGAAAGGGUGGUAAGGGUGUGGGAAAGCUUAAGGGCAAAUCCAAGAGAACCGUCAACCAGAGGAAAAUUAUCAUCAUCGAAUUUGAGACUUCUUUUGCUGUACGAUAUUCUUAGUAGAGAUGCGAAAAAGCAGAGACUAUCAGAUUACACAGGAUUUUCACCUGAUGUUAUGAAGGUACUUGUGGAUUCAUCCGACGGCGGUGCCAGAGCUCAAUUAAGUUUGGCGUUAUCAAAAAUGAUCGAACGACAUGACUGUAACGACCAGUAUGCCAACAAUCGUGCCAAAGAAAUGGUCGUCGAAUUGGCAAAAGAUGAGUCCGUGUUAUCUUCGGAGUUGAGAUAUUUGCAACCACUUGUAUAUAAGUAC